GCGGUGGGACGGUGGGAUACCCGGCAGCAGUUCGUUCGGAUACUUGGUCGUACAGUGCUGCAUACGGAGACACGGUUCGAGUCGAAUGGUCCUCUCCUGAUCGUUUGUUCUGUUGUGGGACACCUGUGUGGUCGUUGUCAUGAUAGUUUUGCAAGAACAUGAAGGGUCAAUGUUGUACAAAGCAUCCUAGCCUAAGCACAAAUAAAUUAUUGUAGCUUAAUUAUAUGGGUACGUUUACAUGAAUGGGGACAUCGGGAAGCUGCCACCAGGGGCGGUCUACCCAGCCACCCCUGAACCUCUGGGUCCACAGGUUGCGGGCGCAAUUGGUGGUGGUGUGCCUAAUAUAGACUACGGAGUCAUGAACGGUGCGCCGAGCGGCAGUGAAUUGAUUCUUGACGCUGGUGUCGGCAGUCUAGAACCAUCGCCCCAACACGCUAUAAGCAUGCACGGAGGUGCGGUUGGAUACAGCCCAGUGGAUGUCGCCGCGUUGGGUGACGCUUCUGCCGCUCCACCAUCUGUACCAAUGACAGAUCUAAAUGUCCCUGGUAUACCUUUGGAGCAGCUCAAGCAGAUGCUCUCCUCUCAGCUCGAGUAUUAUUUCUCCAGAGAGAAUUUAGCCAACGAUACCUAUUUGUUGUCGCAAAUGGAUAAUGAUCAGUAUGUGCCGAUAUGGACAGUAGCGAAUUUUAACCAAGUGAAAAAACUGACGAAAGAUAUUAAACUUAUAACAGAGGUGCUGAGAGAGUCUCCCAAUGUUCAAGUUGAUGAAGAGGGACAGAAAGUGAGGCCCAAUCACAAACGAUGUAUUGUGAUACUUCGUGAGAUACCAGAUAGCACACCGUUAGAAGAUGUGAAGAAUUUAUUUUCUGGAGAGGGAUGCCCGAGGUUUAUUUCGUGCGAGUUUGCUCACAAUAGUUCGUGGUAUGUGACGUUCGAGUCCGACGAGGAUGCUCAAAAGGCCUACCGGUUUUUACGUGAAGAGGUUCGAGAAUUUCAGGGAAAGCCGAUAAUGGCGAGAAUCAAAGCUAAACCAAUGAACAGGCUACCGAUGCCGACGGUAGCCAGUGUAAGUGGUAUAAAGAACGGCUACAGAACUCCACCCCCUCCUCCUGUCUAUGAUCCGAGCAGUUACACGGCUGGACAGCAACGUUUUCUCUAUACCAAUGGCACGACCAUGCCUCAGACAACUAUGCCGGCGUACGCGAACCAGGUCGUUUAUCAACCGUUUUAUCCGGCCGGUAUGAUGCCUUGGGGACCAACUAGUCCCGCUUAUUUCGAGAUGUCCAAUGUCUUUACGAUGAACGGAAUCACGCCGCACAACACGUUCACGCGUUCGAACACAAGAUAUAAUCCUCGAAAUAGAAAUAGACAAAGAAACGGCUCCGAUCGAAGCUGCUUAAUAGACCCGGCCAAUCCCAGCAACAACAGUAACAACCAUCACCACUAUCACCAUCAUCAUCACCACCACCAUCAUCAGCCGUCGUCUAUGCCACCGCUGAGUAAUCGUAGUUCUCAUUCUCCUAUGACCGGUGGUGGCAACAAUAGUGUGUCCCUGAGCUCUUCUACGUCCACUUAUCACGCCUCGAGUUUGCCUCCUUCGAAGCCGCUCGCCUCUUCGUCCUCUUCUUCCUACCAGUCCGGCACAAAGUUCCAUUCUUCGUCGUCCGCCGUGUCGUCUGUUGAACACGUAAAGGGAGCUUCCUCCUCGUUGUCCUCCGCGCAGGAUCAGGACACAACGGCAGCGGUCGAGACCUCCUCCACACCCUCCUCCUCGGCGCCUUCGUUUACCCGCCACCGUAUCCAUCGCAGGACCAAAGAUCAGGACACGAAGGUAGCAAGCGGGAACAACCAUUCGCUGCCGGCGAUUAAGGAAUCCCUGCCAGCGAGCGGAGGUAGCGGCAGCAACAGCAACUGUGGCAGCCGCAGUAGCGGCGUGCAGUUUGACCUCGAGGCUGCCGCAUUCCCACCCCUGCCCGGCCUCGACACCGACCACGGCAAAACGUCGACCGACGUAGGUAGCGGUGGCAGCGCCGGCACUGUCGGCAUGGAGUCUUCGUCGCAGAAUCGAUUGUCCGAUGUUGUCAAGGGUACCGCCAAGCUCAAGGCCGUUAUCAAGGACAAGGAAAGUGGUGGUAACCAGCCUCAGUUGCAGCAACAGCAACAGCCCGCAGCGCCUGCGCCAACAGCGGUGAACACCGCCAGUAGAUCCGCUAGUCCUGGAGCGAGUACCGGAGCAGAGGCGCAGGGAAGCGCUGCCGCAUCGACGAAUUCUGCGAACGCCACGCAUAUCCUUAAUCCGCCGACGGCCAACGAGAAUACGUCGUCGGCCGACGCUGCCGCGCUCAGCACCGUCGCGCUCACUCCCCCGUCAUCUCCUGAUAAAUCUAUAAAGACUGACGACUCGAACAUGGUGAACGGUGUGGACGACGCUGUAGUUGCGAAUACGCACCUGCCGGCAGUGGCUACGUCGACGGUAACGACGGCUACGACGACGACAACGGCAACGACGGCGACGUCAGCCGCAGCGACCACGGACGAUGCCGAGACGAUGACCAGGUGCGACUGUAGCAACGUCGUCGUCGUCCCUCCUCCUACUGCCUCUUCACAGAACUCCCAAACGCAAACUGGAGUGGCCUCUGCCUUCCCUAUAGAUCUUACGAGGCCAAGCUAUGCCCAAGUAGCGCAACAUUGCCGUGAGCUACCUUGUACAAAACACAAAACAGACGAGAGGGAUAGAAAUGUUUAAAAGCUGCACGUGACGACGAUGAAGGAAGAAGACACCUCAAGCGGCGGAAGCAGCUUAUAUAUAACGAAGCAAGAAGCCAAAAUCUACAGAUUACCACGCGUCAACGGGGUAAUUAAACGAUAAUUAGCUGUGCUAUAUGUGCUAUGACGUCAUCGCCAUCUUCUCGGGGUCAGAUCGGAUCGGAUUGAGAAUCAGGAUAUCGGAGCUCGCCGCUGCUUUCACCUACCUAUCUAUCCCCCCGAUACUCCCUUCUCAGACCGACGCCGUCACGUGCUGCAGGCGUGAGGAAGAGAGAACUUUUUACAUUGUACAGUGACGUCUCGCCUACGAUCAACGAUCGGUCGAUCGACGAAUCGAUCGAGAGAGAGAGAGAGAGAGAGAGUAAGAGAGAGAGAGGGAGAGGGAGAGAGAGAAAUGAAUGAGUGAUAGUGUAAAUGUGUGAAAAUGUGUAAGACUCGCUGCGCACUAUUAUAGCGGUGCAUUCGCAGGCACUACUAUUAUACAGGGUGAUCGGAGAGUCCCGCGGGGCAAAUUUGUCGCCGCGGUUUGAUGAUGUUGAUGGUUUUGCCGAUAUAUUUUGCUUAUAAUCGGCACAAUUGUUUUAUUCGCUUUAUUGCAAUUUGCGGAACGCAAUGAUUCGAUUGUAGUUUAUUCGUGAUUGGAGUAUGUUUGAAGGAUUUAAAGUCUUGAAAAAUAUAAAAAUUCGUUAUAGGAUUUAAGAACGAUGAUCUAAAUGCACGCGUUAAGCGGACGAAAAGAACAGCCAGCCUGGCAGCGGAGGCCCGAAGACUCGAACUUGACGUUCGGUUACCGGCACGCCAAUGAGAAUUAUUAGGCUGGCGAAAAGAGAGAUCGACAAGAGGAGCAACUGGGGAUCAGAACAUGUAAAAAAGUUAAGAAUCUGAGAUUUCACACGCGUAUAAAUAAAAAUCGAGAUCUGCAUUGAAUGAAAAUAAUUCAGUUGAUCAAAUUUCGAUUUCUGAAGUAUAUACCUUCUGGAAGUCGCAGAUUUUCGACUUUUUUCGAUUUUUUGUUCAUCGAGUCGCGCUCUUCGAGCUUUUAUUACCGAUCUUUAUACUCUUAUGAGUUUCAAUAUAGACGAUAUAAUACAGUUUUGAGUGUACCUAAUAAUGUUUGAUAAGCUUUAGUUUUAAGACUUCGUUAGUAAUUGGUAAGGAUUCUUAAUUAAUAACAAAUAUAAUAUAGAUCUAAAGAAUUUACGAAUCUAAAAAUUCGAGUUAUACGAGAUGUAAAUGAUUGUCUAGAAUUAUGCUUCGGAUAAACGCGGAAGUGUAUUACGACGUGGCGGCAUUUUUUUUUUCUUUAAAACGGUUUUUCUCUCGACAGCACCAAGCGCACGGCUGCGCGACUUCCCGAUCACCCGGUACAUCGCGCAAGAGAAGAGUAUUGUUAUAUAUCGUUUUUUGGUUCUGUGAUUGAGGUACAUAUUUGUUAGCUUGUACAAAGACGCGUUAAAGAGAUAAGAUUAUAUUACUCUUUUAAAGGGAAAAACCCCUUCCCCCGCCCCUCCUUCGCGUGCAGAGUCGUAAUGUUAUAACCGGGAAAAAACACACAUGUCUAUUAGAUAUAUAUAAUUAUAUAUAUUUGUGCCAAAAAAAAAAAGAACAUUGCUUGACGAAAUCUCCCGAAACGUGCAACGAAGUGGACGCCGAAAUCAACUGAGAUUCUCGCCAAGUGGAAAGCGGUGUGGAAUCCCCCCCAAAAAAUUCCGCUCUCUUCCACGUUCCUCAUCUUAAAAAAAAAAAGAGUUAAAAGUAAUAAGAGGGGAACGAAGAGAUUGUAUUUUAUAAACGGAGGAGAAGUUAUGACAAUGUGUACGAGAUUAUGCGUGGUUUAAAGGACGUUACCGAUGAUGAAUGAUGAUGAUUAGGAGGAGGUGAGGGAGGAGGACGAUCGAAGCGUACGAAUUCGUAUUUUUAUGCGGUUGAAGCGUGUGAGAAGCUUAUUGCGGAGAAAAUCGGCGGUGAUACCGGAUCUGUAAAGUUAACACAGGACGAAGAGUGAGUUCGCACAAUUGAGGAAUGAUCUUGGAAGCUAUUGCUAGCGCAUCUGUCAUAAGAAAUACUUUGCGUUUUACAAUGUAACCGUAAUUACAAUAAUUAGCGUUUUAAUCAGCGGCAAUGAUGCGCAAUACCGUGUUGCGUAUCGUAAUACGCAAGACGUAAGUGACAAAAAAAAAAGAUCAAAAUUCUUAGAGAGUGUAUAUUAUAAUGUGCUUGACGAAGUCUCUCGAGAUGCGCGACGAAGCGGAUACACGGAAUUAAGCAUUAGUAUCCCGUCUUUAAGCACCGCACAUCGGUUUGCAUUCUAGUUAUUUUUACGUGUACAUAUGUAUUGUAUAAUUUCUCUUGCCUUGAUUAUUCCUCAAUUUGUUCGGAUCCACUUUAAAUGAGCUGACGUUUAAAGUGGAUUUAAAUUCACUUCCGCUACUCGAUUCCUGCAAUUCAAGAUCCUCGAGACCAAGAUUUUUCGGAUCUCCCCCGAGGAUCUUCCUCUGAAGUUUCGCACUUCAAAGCCUCGUCAUGGAUUCCGUCUCGAUUCCAUCCUUGUUCCAUCACCGUCAUCACCACCACGGUUUCCUCGCUUUUCUUGUCCCAUUUCCGGACAACGCGAAUCUCUGAGAAACUGCCUCCUAAUUUUCUUUCUGACAACUUGCGGGCUCGCGUGUUGGUUCGAGACAGUCCCAUUCUCUUCUCUCCUCGGUUUUUCGUUUCUUUUUUUUCUUUCUUCCUUAGCAAUUCCACGCCAGCUCUCCCUCGCUCGCCAGAGAUCCGUGCCCAAUUUUCUGCCCAUCUCGACAACGCAAAUCUCUUGAAGGAUGUGUGCCGCAGUUUUAUCGACAACUUUCUGGACCUGUGCGUUGUUUCGUGAGAUGGGCCGAUAUUCCAAUCCUCGUUCUCUCAUCGCGAUUCCAUCCCUAUAUUUUCUCAGCUUUUCAAUUCCAUCGUCCGAUUGUGAUUCCGUUUACUCUUCCGUCUUGUUCGCCACAGUGAUGCUCGCGAGCGAGCAUCGGUUCAAAUCACGGUGGUCAUCGUCGAUUCCGGGGACUAUAUCGGGAGCGACGACUUCCGAUUUGCGUGAAACUCGACUUCCCCGCUUUUUAACUAACCGCUCAUUAUACUCUUCGCUGCGUCGCGAUCAAACUUUUUUUUUUUUGUUAGACUAUUCUUUUUAUUCGACCGUCAUGAGGUGCACUGAGACGUUUAGGAAUCUUAGGGUCACGUUUUUAUUCGGCCAAGAGAGAGAGAAUGAACAAGAAAUGUGCGCGAGAGAACAUGCUAAUUCGAAGUAGCUAGUGUUGCGAAAAUCGGGACGACUAAUUGAGCACGCAUUUAAGUGCCUCAAAGUAUGUUGUAUAUUAUUGAUUAUCUAUUACCACUAUUAAUAUUAAUUAGUACUAUUGAUUGCUCUAUUAUAUUAUUAUCAUCAUUAUUUUAUUAUUAUUAUAAGCAGGAGCUUUUGGCUUUAGGUGUUACGAUGAUGCAUAUGUACCUACACACAUAACACACACAGACACAGACACACACUAUAGUGAAAAAAAAACGAGAAAAAGGAUGCGAGAAAGAGAAUAGAAAGGACAUUAUUAACAAAUAUAUAUAUGCAUAAAAUAUAUAUCUUAUAUGUAUAUACAGGGUGUUUCUCAGAAACCCAUGGGACAAACUUGAUAUAAUAUUGUCAGAUGUUAUGCGUAAUGCUGUCGUACGACCGAUUGCCUACCUCACAAGCGGUGAACAAGAAUGCGUAGCUGCUCAAGGACGCGUCGGAAGACACGGGUUUUUUUAACAAAAAUGAUUUUCUUGGUGAGACCAUGCUCUAAACUUUGUCCCAUGAGCCCUAAAAUUUAUAUAUAUAUGUGUAUAUAUAUAUUUUAUACAUAUGCACACUCUGUAUAUUUAUUAUAUAUUUGUUGAUGAUUAGACGUAUGCGAGUUUGAAUUGACGAUGUGUAACGAAAAAAAAGGCAUAUAAAGACGAAAAGGACGAAAAAUCGAUCUCCUGCGAAUAGGGUGCAACAAGGAUGACGUGUCGACGUACAUAAGUACUGCUAUACUUUGAACUUACGAUGCUGCCGUUUCAUUUAUACAACACAUACAACACAGGGCGUUUUCAAAAUAGAAUUGUCAGCUGUUUCUGUUAAUAUUGAGUUGAAUAAAUCAAAUAAACGAUAUGUCGGACAAA